AUGGCAUCUUCAUCUAAAGGUCUGAGGAUCCAGAGAAAAACUGGAGCUGGAAAGAGCUUACCACUAAACAUCAUCCUGAGACAAGAGGUGUUUGAAACACACCUAUCUUCUGAAUCUGUGACUGAGGAAUGCCAACAGUAUCAGCAGAAGGUAGAGGAUAGAAAGAGCUCAGUGAUAGACACUUCAGGACUGUGUGAUUCAUCAGUCAAUGAAGAACAACUGAAGGAGGAAAGAGUGAAGUGUGACGAGAUGUCUGUUCUUGGUCCUCGUGGAUUACUGGAGGAAAAAUUCAAGGAUGAAGAGCAGACAGUGAAAUGUAUUCAGGAGAACUUUGGAGAAGAAGCUGCACAUCACACCAUCAAUGUGUUCACUGAAGGAGAUCAGUUAAAUACUCCUACAGAGAAAUCUAUGACAACAGAUGAUCAGAUUAAUGAGGCAGGUAAAGUCAGAUUUAAUGUUUUCAGUGACACAGAUGUUGAAAAUCGAUCACAGGUCACUGAAAUGCAAGAGAAGACUGACAAAAUGUUGGAGGAGGAUAAAGGACAGCAUUUCACAAACAAGAUGUACCAAGAAGUUCAGAGAAGGAGUUUGGAAGAGGAGGAAACCCUUGGAGAGGAAGAAGCAUUGAGUUUGGCUCAGAAAACCGCAUUUGUGGGAGCAGGCGUGUUAGGAGGAGCGAUUGGAGUAGCAGGAGCGGUUGUUGGAGGUGUAGCACAUGGAGCAAUUGGCUUAGUAGCACCACCUGUAGCUUUAAUAGCAGCAGGAGUUGCUCUCAUGGCAGAAGGAGGUGCAUUAACUAUUGAACAAGCAUUGAAAGCUUGCAAGGAGCAGAAGGGAAAUGAAGGAAACAAUGCAUAA